AUGACGCAAGGAAUGGUACUCCCAACCAAUACCGACGCACAUAUGGCCAUUAAUAUCAACGGAAACUUCAGUAUCAGCACGGAGAUCGAAACUUACUACGGGAUAUCACCCAACAACAACGUAUGGGGACAGUCAAUUAACAUGCCUUACCCCUGCUUUUUGCAAUGGGGAUCAAAAUUCGACAUAGAUAUGACUGGGUCGUAUGAGGCCACAGAGGGCGUUAUAACAGCAGCAUUUGAGAGCCCUCACCUACUGGUCCAACAUUCCAGUAACGUGUCCAUCUCGUGGCUAGCGACUACAUUAGAUACACGCACAUAUUACGGUACCCUAAAGUUCGAUGUACGAUUGUACCGCACGUUAUCUUAG